AUGGACUCCAUUACCAUAUGCAGCAGUGCGAAGGUGUCACUUACGGCGAGGACAGUGAACAUAGCGAAGCCUAUCGAUCAGGAUCACGAUUGGCCGACUACGACUCAAACAGGCAAGUUGGCCAAAAGAGACAGCUCCGGACGUGAAAGCCCCUCCCAGGGCCGUUACUUCGGAACGAAACUAUUUGAUGGUGAGAACGAGCCUGUAGCACACCUUCUGGACGUACCAUACCUUCGGAUGCCUCCUGAGAACCGGGCAGCACCAAGUGCGGCUGGAAGCACGGCAAGCUGCCAGAUACGCAUGACAGACUGA